GAACCUUUUUGUUCCGUAAACACAGCCUUCGACAUUUUCCCUUAUCCCUUAGUCCUUACUCAUACCACUUGUCACUUACAAUUCACACACUUUCUAUCUCUUUUUUUCCCUCACAGUCUAACUCUAUCUUCCCGACUUAUAAUACGAACUACUUUGAUCGUCUAAUCUCAUCUCAAUUGGAGGAUAAUAGGGAUACAAGUGUGGGAAAAAUUCCAUUCUUCACAUCCCUUUGGAACUUGACCGGACGUCAUACGGUUUGAGACAGACAAAGGCGACAAAGGAGUCCGUAAAGCCGUUGAGCCCUUGGACCGUUGUGCCCUUGAGGGACACCAUCCACGCGUCACAUUUCGAAACUUAUAAGAAAUACGUUCAGUGGUCAUACUUUGACAAGUGGAUAAUCAUCAGAGAACAGAAUAGGAUGGUCUCUAUGUCAGAGUUGAAACCUGGAUUGAGAGUGAUGGCUCAGAUGUCUGUACGAGCGCUGGAUUCGCUACCUCUACCUAUCCUCAUCGUUCUUUUCUUCGCCUGUUUGGCGCUUUUCCAAUGGCCAUUCAACCCACCCCCUCCGGUCCUCCCCACCCACACACCUCCUUCUGGAGAAAAAGAUCGUCUCUCACCACUCCCUUUCUCUCAUUUACUCUCACCUAACACAUCGCUCCCUCCUAACCCUUACCCUCAACCCCAUCCAUCGACCCAUCCUUUAACGUAUCACGCCAAAUUGUACGUCCCAUGCAACGCAGCAUCUUCUGGAGGACGUACACCGGGGUGUAGAUCAGGAGGACGUGCGCCGACUAGGACAAGGAGGUUAGUAGGGAGAAUGGGUACGAGGUGGAGCAUGCCUUUAGGACCUGUAGAGGAAGUAGAAGGGGAAAGUUCUGGGGAAGUUUGUUGAUCUAUCUUAUCAAACUUUCUCCUUUCUCUGGUGUAUUGUUCAACUCGGAGAAAGUAUGACAAACGGGAGACGAAGAAGAUAAGAUGGAAGAAGGGGAGAUGGAAUAAUCUUAUAACAUGGACAGUUUUUCAAAUGGACACUUGCAGAUGCAGAUACAGUUGUAGCGAAUUUCGAACAUUGUUUUCAGUUUUCUUUGAUAGACUGUUGAAAGUUGAUUAUGCAUAGGGAUUUUAUUC